AUGAACAGCUCAACAAAAACCUACAAGUGUGAAAUUUGUCUCAAAGCAUUCCCGCGCCUUUGUGAUCUGAAACGACAUGAACUUGUUCACACUGAUGAGAGACAGAGGCCAUUCGAAUGCGAAUUCUGUCACAAAGAGUUUUCAACCUCUUACUACUUGCACCGGCAUUCAGUCAUUCACACCGGAGAGAUGCCAUUCGAGUGUGACAUUUGCUUCAAAAAAUUCAAGAAUUCUUCCGACUUGAAACGACAUACAGUUAUCCACACAGGAGAGACGCCUUUCGAGUGUGAGAUUUGCGGUCGGGAGUUCAAUGACAAGUCCAAUUUACGUGCUCAUGGGUCUACUCAUCUAAACAGAAAAAGCAUACAGUGCUCGAUUUGUGGGAUAUUCACUGGAAGGAAAACCACACUACGACGCCACAUUCAACGACAACAUAAUCUAGACGGAGAUCAUUUGGAGUACGAAGUGAGACGAUCUACUAGGAAUGUAUCGAGAGAUGGUCAUGGAACAACUUCUCAGACAGCUGUUAUGGGCAGUAAUCAAUCAGCACAAAGAUAUGAGUAUGAAUCUUCUGAGCGGUGGAAUGGUCGAGUGGAUACUAGUAACCGUAUGAGAGAACGAAUCGACAAUAAAUGGACAUAUCAGUUUUCGGAAGUGCCACGUCACAACUGCAACUCGAAGCGUCUUCCAACUAUCCAUACAAGAAAGAGUGUCACCUGCCACAAACAAUUUGUGCGACCUUUUGAACGGAAACGACAUCACUUUGCGGAGCGGCCAUUCGAAUGUGGAACUUGCGGCCAGACGUUCAAACAGAAGCCCCAUCUACGUUCACAUGAGCUGACUCAUCAAGAUAAUAUGUUCAGAUGCUCGAUAUGUGGAAUAUUUGUCAAACACAAAGCUGGUAUUCGACAACACUUACGGAAACAGCAUUAUUUCAUGGGUGAACAAUUGAAUGAUGCAGUGAAGAAUAUCUACGAGUCUUCUCGGACGAGGGAGAACGGAACUCAUGAAAUGACUGACGUUGACGGUAGUAUUCCGAUACUGGACGAGAGAUUUCUGGGAACAAAUCUGGAAUAUCUGGAAGUUGGUCAAGAGUGGAAACCAUCGGAUCAAUUUGUAGAUGUUAGCAACACAAUGGUAGCGAAUACAGAGAUGAUCGAGCAGGGUUCUCAGAGAAAUGACGAUUCUCUAAAUUUUAACGAUCCGGAAGAAGUUCUCAACAAAGGAAAUAUAGAGUUAGAUCAAUUUGAAUGGUCGGUACCUCAUUUCGAAAAAAUGGACUAUUCAAAGUACCCGGAAUUGGAUCCAGAAGUAUGGUAUUCUGGGAUUAUAAGAGAACAACUUGAGACUAGUCGAAUGGCACUUUAA